UCCAAUCACCGUGGUCAAGAGCACGCCAACAUCCCGUCCCAGUGACGUUACGUUGAUCGGCGUACGACAGGGCUGAGCGAAAUGAAACGCAUUAACAGCGCCCACGACGACAACGUGGCCAUCUAUAUAUUCCUGCUGCUGUUCCUGAUUCUGGCUCUGAGUUUUCUGGGGAGUUACCUUGAGACCGUGACUAUUUGCAACAAUAAACGAGGCAAAUCGACUGUGCGCUUUCGGUCCUAGACACCGACCUUCUACUGCACCUACUACUGCAUCCUCAGCACACACACCCACCAAACUAUCAAUACACCACCUAUCCCCAUCUACUCCAAAUACUAUAUUAUUCUAUACCUCCAAAAUGGCAGGAACCUGCUCAAUGCUAUGCCUAAUCCUAAUCACCAUCUUCAUUCCCCCACUCGGCGUCUUCCUCAUCUCAGGCUGCAGCGCCGACUUCUUCAUCAACCUUCUCCUCACGAUCCUGGGAUACCUACCGGGCCACAUCCACGCUUUCUAUUUGGAGUACGUCUACUACCGGAACACGGAUACGGCGACGGCGCCGCGGCGGGCUCCGGGCGUGUACUCGGAGCGGAUCCAGCAGGGGGCGCAUCAUCAGACGACGUAUGGGACUAUUUGAGCGACUGCGAUGGUCUUGAUGGGGUGGGGACAGACGGGGUGUCCCAGCACAGCGACUGCAAUAAUGGGCUGAGAAUGAUCUUUUGAAUGAACCCGCGUUAUCCUUCCUUCAAGUUUAAUGCAUACCGAUACCGAAUCAAUCAUCGUUAUAUUUUAAUGAACAGAGUUA